CCUCCCACACGCAGUUUGCCUCGGUCCCGACAGGCCCAGCGACUGGGAGAGUCACGUGAGGGUGGGCGGUGGAGGCAGAGGCUGGUCCCAGCUGAUUCUUCGUCUCUAUGGUUGCCGGAGGUGGGCGGCCUUGACUGAAUUGCUGCCGGCCCUCUGCCGUGGACGGGAUGUUUCGUCUUAAUUCACUCUCUGCGUUGGCAGAACUGGCUGUGGGCUCUCGAUGGUACCAUGGAGCCUCCCAGCCUACUCAGGUCAGGAGAAGACUAAUGAUGGUGGCGUUCCUGGGAGCAUCUGCAGUAACUGCAAGUACUGGGCUUUUGUGGAAGAGGGCUCAUGCAGAAUCUCCACAAUAUGUGAACAACCUAAAGUCUGAAACUGGUGAUAACGGGAAGAAUAAAGAUGAAGGAGAAGCUUAUAACCAUGAGAAAAAGGCUGCAGAUACUUCUCUUGAGCCUUAUCCAGAAGAAAAAAAGAAGAAACGUGGAUUCAGAGACAGAAAGGUGAUGGAAUAUGAGAACAGGAUUCGAGCCUACUCUACACCAGACAAAAUCUUUCGCUAUUUUGCUACCUUGAAAGUAAUCAAUGAACCUGGUGAAGCAGAAGUGUUUAUGACUCCACAAGAUUUUGUGCGAUCCAUAACACCUAAUGAAAAACAACCAGAACACUUGGGCCUGGAUCAAUAUAUAAUAAAACGCUUUGAUGGAAAGGCUAAAAUCUCCAAAGAGAAAAAGAAACUAUUACACAGGGUCAGAAAGAAAAGUAAAGGGUCAUUUUUAAAGCGGAGGAAGAAAGCCCGUCUGAAGGAAGAAGGAGUCAGGCGUGGCUCUACAAAGAGUAAUGAGAAGGAAAUCAGAAGGAAAGUCAUGGAGUGGCUGAAAAAGAAAAUAUCCCAAGAACGAGAAAAAUUUGCUGAUGAAGGCAGCAUAUUUUACGCCCUUGGAGAAUGUGGGCUCAUAUCCUUUUCAGACUACAUUUUCCUUACAACUGUUCUCUCCACUCCUCAGAGAAAUUUUGAAAUUGCCUUCAAGAUGUUUGACUUGAAUGGAGAUGGAGAAGUAGACAUGGAGGAGUUUGAACAGGUCCAGAGCAUCAUUCGCUCCCAAACCAGCAUGGGGAUGCGCCACCGGGACCGCUCUACCACUGGUAACACCCUCAAGUCUGGCUUGUGUUCAGCCCUCACAACCUACUUUUUUGGAGCUGAUCUCAAGGGGAAACUGACAAUCAAGAACUUCCUCGAAUUUCAGCGUAAACUUCAGCAUGAUGUUCUCAAGCUAGAGUUUGAACGCCAUGACCCGGUGGACGGGAGGAUUACUGAGAGGCAGUUUGGUGGCAUGUUGCUGGCGUACAGUGGGGUGCAGUCCAAGAAGCUGACUGCCAUGCAGAAGCAGCUCAAAAAGCACUUCAAAGAGGGAAAGGGCCUUACCUUUCAGGAGGUGGAGAACUUCUUUACUUUUCUGAAGAAUAUUAAUGAUGUAGACACUGCUUUGAGCUUUUACCAUAUGGCUGGAGCGUCUCUUGAUAAAGUGACCAUGCAGCAGGUGGCCAGGACGGUGGCUAAAGUGGAACUCUCGGACCACGUGUGCGACGUGGUGUUUGCGCUCUUUGACUGCGACGGCAACGGGGAGCUGAGCAAUAAGGAAUUUGUUUCCAUCAUGAAGCAGCGGCUGAUGAGAGGCCUGGAGAAGCCCAAAGACAUGGGCUUCACCCGCCUCAUGCAGGCCAUGUGGAAAUGUGCACAGGAGACCGCCUGGGACUUCGCUCUGCCCAAGUAGGAGCACAGAGCUGCAAGGUGGGGCCGCCACCUGCACCCCAGGUGCCCUGGACCCUGGAACCCUUGAGCAAGAGCCCCAGUGUGGCCCUUCACACAGCUGCUUCUAAAAGUAGUGCGCCCUCCCUCCCAGGAGCGGCCUGGCCACCCGCCUGUCCCCUCUGCGCCCAGCCCUGUGUUCUGCUAGGCACUGGCUCUGCCCGUGAGUAGCUCCGUGGAUUCUCACAGACACAGUCCCACAAGCUUGGCCCUGUGGCCCGGCCGGCGGCACCUGGAAUGAAGGUGCAGGGACCACGCACCCCUGCCAGCCGGUCCUCAGCUCACUUUCUCCGCGGGUUUAUACCAGCAAGGGUGCUCCUUGCUUGUCCUCGGGCUGCAGUUGUGUCGUGCUUUGCUUUAAGUACAAGCUGGGGAGACCUCUGGCAGGCAGAGCGCAGUCUGUGAUAAUGAAGGUGACCCAGCCAGCCAGAGGAGGGAUCCGUGUCGCACCCCGGGCCGGCUCUGCAGCCAGGUCCGAGAACGCCACGUGCUCAGUGGGACCAGAGCGAGACUGCAGAUUCAGAGUAGCUGCUCGCCGCUCUGUGAGGCGCUGCCCUCCUUCCCUCCCCGGCUCAGCUCCCUGCGCCGUGACUGGGCUCACGUCCCCGCCAGUGCCACCGAGCAGCCCUCUGAAGCUGAGCCUGUCUGCCCUGUGGCUUAAAUACUUGUGGAAUAUCACUUUAAUUAUUAAUUAUAAUGGUUUGCAAUAAAUGCCCCCGACGA